GCGAGCGGCGGCGGCAGGCGCGGAACGGGCGCACGGACGAUCAAACGCGCGGCCGCCAGAGCUCCGGCGCGGGGGCUGCCUGUGUGUUACUGGCCCGGCGUGGCGACUGCUCUCCGGGCUGGCGGGGGCCGGGCGUGAGCCCCCGGGCCUCAGCGUUCCUGAGCGCUACGAGUGUUCACCACUCGCCAGCAAAGUUUGGAGUAGACAACGCCAGCCAAGCUCCAGUCCUUUCUUCUGCUGCUGCCCAGAUCCGAGGGCAGCUCCGGCGUCAUGUCCUCGCUGUUCUGCGAUCCCCGGCGCGCGUGAAGCCUCGGAACCUUGGCGCCGACUGCGACUCAAGGGAUCGUUCUCUUUUUUGGAGUUUUCCUCCGAGAUCAUCGCCUGCUCCAUCCCGAUCCACUCUGGGCUCCAGCGCAGCACCGAGCGCAGAGGAGCGCUGCCAUUCAAGUGGCGGCAGCAGCAGCAGCAGCAGCAGCAGCAGCAGCAGCAGCAGCAGCGGGAACAGCAGUAACAACAGCAACAGCAGCCUGAGCACAGACCAGACACCUACACAGAGCCUUGGCUCCUGAGCCCCCUGUGGGCUGAAGGCAUCGCAGGUAGCCCAUGGUCUCAGAAGAAGUGUGCAGAUGGGAUUACCGUCCACGUGGAGAUAUGGAAGAGGACCAGGGAUUGGUACCAUGACCAUGGUCAGCUGGGGGCGCUUCAUCUGCCUGGUCUUGGUCACCAUGGCAACCUUGUCCCUGGCCCGGCCCUCCUUCAGUUUAGUUGAGGAUACCACUUUGGAACCAGAAGAGCCACCAACCAAAUACCAAAUCUCCCAACCAGAAGCGUACGUGGUUGCCCCCGGGGAAUCGCUAGAGUUGCAGUGCAUGUUGAAAGAUGCCGCCGUGAUCAGUUGGACUAAGGAUGGGGUGCACUUGGGGCCCAACAAUAGGACAGUGCUUAUUGGGGAGUACCUCCAGAUAAAAGGUGCCACACCUAGAGACUCCGGCCUCUAUGCUUGUACUGCAGCUAGGACGGUAGACAGUGAAACUUGGUACUUCAUGGUGAAUGUCACAGAUGCCAUCUCAUCUGGAGAUGAUGAGGACGACACAGAUAGCUCCGAAGACUUUGUCAGUGAGAACAGGAGCAACCAGAGAGCACCAUACUGGACCAACACCGAGAAGAUGGAGAAGCGGCUCCAUGCUGUCCCUGCCGCCAACACUGUGAAGUUCCGCUGUCCGGCUGGGGGGAACCCAACGCCCACAAUGAGGUGGUUAAAAAACGGGAAGGAGUUUAAGCAAGAGCAUCGCAUUGGAGGCUACAAGGUACGAAACCAGCACUGGAGCCUUAUUAUGGAAAGCGUGGUCCCAUCAGACAAAGGCAAUUACACCUGCCUGGUGGAGAAUGAAUACGGGUCCAUCAACCACACCUACCACCUCGAUGUUGUUGAGCGAUCACCACACCGGCCCAUCCUCCAAGCUGGACUGCCUGCAAAUGCCUCCACAGUGGUUGGAGGGGAUGUGGAGUUUGUCUGCAAGGUUUACAGCGAUGCCCAGCCCCACAUCCAGUGGAUCAAGCACGUGGAAAAGAACGGCAGUAAAUACGGGCCUGAUGGGCUGCCCUACCUCAAGGUCCUGAAGCACUCGGGGAUAAAUAGCUCCAAUGCAGAAGUACUGGCUCUGUUCAAUGUGACGGAGAUGGAUGCUGGGGAAUAUAUAUGUAAGGUCUCCAAUUAUAUAGGGCAGGCCAACCAGUCUGCCUGGCUCACUGUUCUGCCCAAACAGCAAGCGCCUGUGAGAGAGAAGGAGAUCACAGCUUCCCCAGAUUACCUGGAGAUAGCUAUUUACUGCAUAGGGGUCUUCUUAAUCGCUUGCAUGGUGGUGACAGUCAUCUUUUGCCGAAUGAAGACCACGACCAAAAAGCCAGACUUCAGCAGCCAGCCAGCCGUGCACAAGCUGACCAAGCGCAUCCCCCUGCGGAGACAGGUAACAGUUUCGGCCGAGUCCAGCUCCUCCAUGAACUCCAACACCCCGCUGGUGAGGAUAACGACACGUCUGUCCUCAACAGCAGACACCCCGAUGCUAGCAGGGGUCUCCGAGUACGAGUUGCCAGAGGAUCCAAAGUGGGAAUUCCCCAGAGAUAAGCUGACGCUGGGCAAACCCCUGGGGGAAGGUUGCUUCGGGCAAGUAGUCAUGGCUGAAGCAGUGGGCAUCGAUAAAGACAAACCCAAGGAGGCGGUCACCGUGGCAGUGAAGAUGUUGAAAGAUGAUGCCACAGAGAAGGACCUGUCUGAUCUGGUGUCAGAGAUGGAGAUGAUGAAGAUGAUUGGCAAACAUAAGAACAUUAUCAACCUCCUGGGGGCCUGCACGCAGGAUGGACCUCUCUAUGUCAUAGUUGAAUAUGCAUCGAAAGGCAACCUCCGGGAAUACCUCCGAGCCCGGAGGCCACCUGGCAUGGAGUACUCCUAUGACAUUAAUCGGGUCCCCGAGGAGCAGAUGACCUUCAAGGACUUGGUGUCCUGCACCUACCAGCUGGCUAGAGGCAUGGAGUACUUGGCAUCCCAAAAAUGUAUCCAUCGAGAUUUGGCUGCGAGAAACGUAUUGGUAACAGAAAACAACGUGAUGAAGAUAGCAGAUUUUGGCUUGGCCAGGGAUAUCAACAACAUAGACUAUUAUAAAAAGACCACAAAUGGGCGACUUCCAGUCAAGUGGAUGGCUCCUGAAGCCCUUUUUGAUAGAGUUUACACUCAUCAGAGUGAUGUCUGGUCCUUCGGGGUGUUAAUGUGGGAGAUCUUUACUUUAGGGGGCUCGCCCUACCCAGGGAUUCCCGUGGAGGAACUUUUUAAGCUGCUCAAAGAGGGACACAGAAUGGACAAGCCCACCAACUGCACCAAUGAACUGUAUAUGAUGAUGAGGGAUUGCUGGCAUGCUGUUCCCUCACAGAGACCCACAUUCAAGCAGUUGGUCGAAGACUUGGAUCGAAUUCUGACUCUCACAACCAAUGAGGAAUACUUGGACCUCAGUCAGCCUCUCGAACCGUAUUCACCUUGUUAUCCUGACCCAAGGUGAAAUAAAACGUCUCUCUUCCCUUCUUGCAGGAAUACUUGGAUCUCACCCAGCCUCUCGAACAGUAUUCUCCUAGUUACCCCGACACAAGGAGCUCUUGUUCUUCAGGGGACGAUUCUGUGUUUUCUCCAGACCCCAUGCCUUAUGAACCCUGUCUGCCUCAGUAUCCACACAUAAACGGCAGUGUUAAAACAUGAGCGAAUGUGUCUUCCUGUCCCCAAACAGGACAGCACCAGGAACCUACUUACACUGAGCAGAGAGGCUGUGCCUCCAGAGCCUGUGACAUGCCUCCACUUGUAUAUAUGGAUCAGAGGAGUAAAUAGUGGGAAGCAUAUUUGUCACGUGUGUAAAGAUUUAUACAGUUGGAAACAUGUUACCUUCUCAGGAAAGGAAGACUGUUUCCGGAUAAGUGGACAGCCGCAAGCUACCACACCACCCUCUCUGACCCACCAUGUAUGCUGGCUGUGCCCCAGUUGGACUCAAGGCAGACAGGUGUUCUGCCUUCCUUGUUAAUUUUGUAAUAAUUGGAGAAGAUAUAUGUCAGCACACACUUACAGAGCACAAACGCAGUAUAUAGGUGCUGGAUGUAUGUAAAUAUAUUCAAAUUAUGUAUAAAUAUAUAUUAUAUAUUUACAAGGAAUUAUUUUUUGUAUUGAUUUUAAAUGGAUGUCCUGAUGCACCUAGAAAAUUGGUCUCUCUUUUUUUUAAAUAGAUAUUUGCUAAAUGCUGUUCUUAGAGUUUCUUAAUUUUCACCGAGCAGAGGUGGGAAAAUACUUUUGCUUUCAGGGAAAAUGGUGUCACAUUAAUUUAUUAACGAAUUGGUAAUAUACGAAACAAUUAAUCAUCUAUAGUUUUUUUUUUUUUUUUUUGUAAUUUAAGUGGCAUUUCUAUGCAGGCAGCACAGAGGACUAGUUAAUCUAUUGCUUGGACUUAACUGGUUAUUGGAUCCUUUGAGAAGAGAAAUAUUUACGAUAUAUGACUAAUUUGGGGGGAAAUGAUGCUUUGAUUUAUUUGUGUUUCAACUCUGCUGUCCGAUGAUUAUGUCUAGACACCUCAAUGCCCAUGUUUCAAGAAACCUGUUAAACUCUGUCACCCCAGUGUAACAAUUAACCAGACUUCCCAAGACAAAUGGUACCAGCGUCCUCAUCCCAAGAUGCCUUAAUCCACUUCUCUGGAGAACAGACUUCCAUGGGAUGGUAGCAGGGUCUUCUCAUCUGGCAGCUGGCCUUCUGCCCGAGUUACACAUUCAUCACAUUUGCCUUGCUUCUCUCCGUGAGUUUUAAUAACAGCUUCAGGUUCAUCAGCAUCAAGAGCCCUUUGGGAAAUCUCCAUCCUCUCAUAGAAUAGCAAAAGCCCAGCAUCAGUCGGUUGAGAGUUUGGGACCUCCUUCCAUCUUCUUAAGGGUUUGCUUCUGGCUUCUACCCACUUCUGACAAGACUUCACCUCACAAAAAGAUCUGGCUUAAUAGCCACUACAUCCGACAAGAUAACGCUUAUUGUUGAUUUCCGUAUUCAAGUAUUGUGUUUUGCUUUGGAUACACCCACUCACUUUGCUACAGUCAUGCGACAUGUAUGCAGAUUACACUGAUUUUAUGUGUUUUGAAAUUGGAGAAAGUAUUUAAUAAAACCUGUUAAUUUUUAUACUGACAAUAAAAAUGUUUCUACGGAUAUUAAUGUUAACAAGACAAAAUAAAUGUCA